AUCAAACAAACAAACAUGGUGAAAGUGUCUCUAACAAGUCUUCUUACGAUCGUCAUCUUCUUAAUUACUACCAAUCUUUCAUCAGUUUCUUGCAAUCCCAAAGAGAGGAGAGCUCUUCAAAAGUUCCAACAAAGCCUCUCGGAUCCUUACAAGAGGUUGUCGACGUGGAACGGUCCCGAUUAUUGCGGAUGGGAAGGCGUCACGUGCGACAACGUGACCGGCCAUGUUGUCGCGCUCAAUCUCCAUAACAAAAAGUUUGUCACAAAGCUAGUCGCAAAAGAGCUCGAUUCGUCCCUUUUCGAAUUGGGCGAGUUGCGCCACCUCGACUUGUCAUUCAACGAUUUCCAACAUAGCUCGAUCCCGGAAUUUCUCGGAUCGAUGAAACAAUUGGAGUAUCUAAACCUUUCGUUCGGGAACUUUGGGGGCAUUGUCCCGAGGAGCCUUGGAAACCUCUUAAAAUUGCGGAUUUUGGACUUGUAUGGAAUGGAGGAUUUGGUGAUCGAGGAUCUCGCGUGGGCUUCGAACCUCACGAGUUUGGAGGUUUUGGAUCUAACCAAUAUUAACCUUAGCCGGACGAACGAUUUGAUGAAGGUAUUCGGCGGGCUUCCUUUUCUCGAAAGAUUGGUUCUUACGAACACCGGGAUUGGGCCUGGUAAUUUAAGCCCGGAUCCGUGUUCGGGCUCUUUAUCGCUCGCUAGCGUCCGAUAUCUUCACUUGAGUUGGAACUCGUUCCGCGGUGAAUUCCCUUGUUUUGUUCUUAACAUGACUUGGUUAAGAGUUUUGGCGCUUUCAGACAGUGGGCUCAUGGGUCGGAUUCCUGAGUUGCUCGGCAACUUUUCGUCGUUGACGGAGCUUUAUCUUUCUUACAAUGAGUUUAACGGUCGUAUUCCCGAGUCUCUUACAAACUUGACGGCGCUAACGCAGUUGCACUUGUGUACUAACAACUUAUCCGGUCCGAUCCCAUCGUCGAUCGGUAGGUUGAGAGGUUUGAGACAACUCUCGCUCGAUCACAACAAGUUGAGUGGCGAAGUUCCCGUCUCUUUAGGACAAUUGUCGAAUCUCGACAGUUGUGAUGUGUCUUGGAACUCUCUCAACGGGACGCUUUCGGAGGGUCACUUCGCCAAUCUCUCGAUGCUAAGAUGGUUUGCGGCGGAUUACAACGCGCUUACGUUGAACGUUAGAGUCGAUUGGAUUCCUCCUUUUCGACUACGACACCUUUCCAUAAGAUCGAUCAAAGUCGGGGGUCGAUUUCCGCGAUGGCUCCGGACUCAAUCGAAGCUCACCUACCUAGAGUUGACGAACACGAGCAUCUACGGCGAUCUUCCAAAAUGGCUCUCCGACAUCAACUUUACCGAGCUACACACACCUCAAAAUCGCAUAACGGGGCCAAUUCCCGAUCUCUCUCCAACCGUUAGGGGGCUCGAUCUUUCGGACAACAUGUUAAAUGGUUCGAUACCGCUCUCGAUAUGUAAGAUGAGGGGCAUGGAUAUCCUUGAUCUUUCCAAAAACCAUCUAUCGGGCCCGAUCCCUCGUUGUUUAGUUACUUUCCCCAACAUAACAUCGUUACGAUUGUCAUCCAACGAGCUCACGGGUUUUAUCCCCGACGCCUUCAGGGACUCCCGUUACUUAGAAAUGUUGCACGUGAGCUACAACAAUCUCGUCGGGGGAAUCCCGACGAGUUUGAAAGAUUGCAAGUACCUCUCGGUCCUCGACAUUGGGAAUAAUAAGUUGAGCGAGACGUUGCCCGAAUGGAUCGGGUCGCACUUGCCCGAAAUGGUUGUCCUAAGAUUGAGGAACAAUAACUUCUCCGGGGCAAUCCCUCGAGCCCUUUGCCAAUCUUCGAAACUUCAAAUCCUCGACUUGGCCAACAACAAUUUGACGGGGCAAAUCCCGACAUGCUUCGGAAAUCUUUCCGGCAUGAUCAAGGGCAGCAGCAGCCAAGUGAUACCAUACGCACAUUGGUACGACGAGAGCUACAACCAAGUCUUGAAAGGAUCGGACAUGGAGUAUGUCCGAGUGACGACAAGAUUCGUUGUAAAUUUAGAUCUCUCGAACAAUAAAUUAGUCGGAGAAAUCCCUCCGGCCAUCACAAACCUCUCCGCCUUGAUCGGAUUCAACUUGUCCCGUAACCAUCUCGGCGGGAGAAUCCCCGAAAUGAUCGGAAACAUGGAGUUUUUAGAAUCGAUGGAUUUGUCUUACAACGAUCUAUUCGGGGCUAUACCGUCGAGUUUGUCCGAAUUAUCUUAUCUAAGUCGCUUAAAUUUGUCGCACAAUAAUCUUUCGGGACAAAUACCGACGGGGAGGCAACUCCAAACUUUACAUGACCCUUCGAUGUACGGUGCCAAUCCCGGGUUGUGCGGCGACCCGUUGCCGAAGAAAUGUCCAAAUGUGGAAAAUGGCGGGAAAAGAGACGACAAUGGCGGCGACGACGACGAUGACGGCACGGUCGAGACUAUAUACUUAAUUGGAGUGAUCGUAAGUGGGUUUGGAACGGGAUUUUGGGGCUUCAUAGGAGUUCUUGUGUUCAAAAAGAGUUGGAGGGAAACUUAUUUUCGUAAGAUGGAACGUAUCAUGCCCAAAUUAAUGCUGUAAUUAUAUUAUUAUUAUUUGUUGUGUUUAUUUGUAAAAUUUUGGUUUUUUGUUUUGAUUUUGAAUAGUAAAUUUUUUGUAUUGAAUAGUUAUUUGAUGUGAUAUAAAUAUAUAUUGAUGUGAUGUUUUGAAUGUAAAAUUAAAUUUUAGUGUAAUAUAAUAAAUAAAAAUUGGUUUUUGAUUU